CAGCCCUUUUUUCCCGCCCGUUUUCUGACAAACCCCACCUAUACAUGUAUAGACUAGAGCCUGUCAGUAUAUAUUAAUGCCCCGUGGUUAUGAACUAUGUGAGUUUUAACUAAUAGCCAAUCAGGACGCUAGAAAUUCCUACCAGUCGUAUCGCAGCAGGAUACGUUUGCCGGAAUACGGGUGGGAAAAAAACCCCGAAUCCCCUUCACCUGCGGACUGUCAGAACUGAACUCGAGUUUGGCCUACAAGCGGUAGCAGGAAUGGCGUGGACAGAGCCAACGCAGCCACAGUUUCAGUCGGACGACUGGUCAAACAUCAAAAUCGUUCAACAACCAGCUCCUCAGCCUGUAACACUUUUCCAGCAGCUCCCUGCAGCAGUGGCUUCACCUGUGCCCUCUGUACGCCCAGGACACAUCAGAGAGGACCUGGUGGAGUUGAUGAUGAUGCAGAAUGCGCAGAUGCACCAGGUCAUCAUGAACAACAUGACCAUGUCUGCUCUCAGUAUGUUCGGCUACACGCAAACGCCUGAGCAUGCAGGUCCGGUUACACCAGCUGAGGAUGAUCCAGAGGUUUACCAUCACUACUACCCUUUUGCCCAUGGCUUAUCUCACCCUGUGUGGAUGCCUCCUCUGGGCGAGCCUCAGAUGCCUCAGCUCCAGACUAUCCCGAGCUUUCAAGACCCCCUUCACCCUCCACACACCGUCCACACUCAACACAGAGACAGAAGACCUGUGCCGCCCCCACCACCUCCCAGCGCAACCGGUACUGUUGGCGCUGACGUCCCUCCUGCUUCAGAGUAUUAUGAAGCAGAAAGGAGGCAACAUGGAACAGAAGAGACAUAGAACUGAUACAAAGUCAAGUCAGAUUUACCAGGACCUAAACAAUUACACACCGCAAAAUAAUGCACUCAAUUUAAGUAAUGCAUAGAA